CAUUCAUUCAACAACAGUUCGAAAUACGCAAAUAAUCAUCAACUUUUUUUUCAAACGACAAAUGGAUAUAAUAAACAUUUGUCAUUAAACAAUCAAAUUAUUCUUUUCUUUACAUCAGCAUCAAUUAUUCCGUUAUCGAAUAAUUUGAUUUUCAUCAUCAUUGAAGAAAUCGUAAUUCAUCAUAAAGUUUUCAAACAAACAAACAAAAUCGACAAUCAUGCGUUAUUGUCAACUAUCAAGUUUUAGUCAUAUAUAUUUGGAUGAAUAUAAAGAACCAAAACCAUCAUUAUUAUGUUCGAUACGGGUAUUGAUUGCUUUAUUAUCAAUGUUGGGCACAUCCAUUAUGUAUAUAACUCGUGUAAAUCUAAAUAUUGCAAUUUUGGCAAUGGUACAAUCAAAAGAACCAGAUCCGGCAUUGAAAACAAUUGAAAUGCUGGCCAAUUCAUCGGCCAAUAUUUUACUUACAAAUCCACCGGCUGUUAUUAAUCAACAAAUGAUACUUGAACCAAUUCCAUUAGAAACAAAUGGUAAUGGUGAAUUUGAAUGGACUCCUCCACAACAAGGAAUUAUACUUGGAUCAUUUUUCUAUGGCUAUUUAUCCACACAAGUUAUUGGAGGACGUUUAGCUGAAUCAUAUUUACCACCGGAUAAACUUAUAUUCAUUGCUUUAUCAUCAUCGGGAAUUAUUAACUUAAUGACACCAUUUUUGGCUAGAAAUUCAUGGCUAUUAUUCAUUUGUAGUCGUAUUUUAUUGGGAGCAUUUCAAGGAGUUGUUUAUCCAGCAUUUUAUUGUCUAUUUUCACGUUGGAUUCCAUCAAAUGAACGUAGUACAUUUGUACCAUGGUUAGAUGCUGGUAGUAUUAUGGGAACAAUAUUAAUAUCGGCAUCAUCCGGAAAAAUAAUCCUUUAUUUUUCCAGUUUUGGUGGUUGGCCAGUUGUAUUCUAUUUUUCAGGUGUUUUGGCAUUAUUAUGGAGUCUAUUGUGGAUUAGUUUUGUUCGAUCAAAUCCUGAAGAUCAUCCAUUAAUAACAAAAGAAGAACUAGUUUUAUUAGCCAAUGAUAAACAAAACCAACAACAAGAUAAUCAAUCAAAAAAUAUUAGUCCAUAUUGGUUAAAUAUUUUAACAUCACCGAUAUUUCUUGGUGUUUUAACAACAAAAAUUUGUUAUGGUGUUGUUUUUGAUUUUGUUAGUCAAAAAAUCCCUGCCUAUUUACAAAGUGUAAUUGGUUUACCUGUUGAUGAAACUGGUAUUUCAUUUUCAUUCAUUAUGAUUGGUUAUAUGGGAACAUUAUUAUCAUGUGGUAUGAUUGCUGAUUAUAUAAUCAAAAAUUCUUCAUUGAAAACUGGAACUGUACGAAAAUUAUUUCAAUUUAUAUCCGCUUUGAUGAUGAUUGUAUCAUUAAUAUUAAUAUCGGAAAUUGGUUUAUCAAAAUGGCCAAAUGUAUUUCUAUUGGCUGCAUUAAUGCUUGGUUAUGGAUUUACAUCGGGUGGUGAUAUACCAUCAGUUGUUGAUAUUAGUGGUCCAAUUUCGGGAACCGUAUUUGCUCUAAUGAAUACAAUAUGUUCGAUUAGUGGUUUUGUUGUACCAUAUUUAGUUGGUAUUGUAAUUGCACCAUCACCAACAUCAAUUAGUUUAUGGCGUUGUUUGUUUAUUUCUGGUGCCAUAAUAAUGGGUAUUGGUAUAUUUUCAUUCAUAACAUUUUCAUCAGCAAAUCUACAAACACAUUGGUUACGACAAAAUGAAUCGGAUGAUGAUGAUGAAGAAGCAUUAAAAAUACCUGUCGUACAAUUUGAAUAUAAAAAUUCAUUAUCAAUAAGCUUGGUACCACAAUCAAAUUACAUUCCAAGAUAUGAUACAUUCCCUAUUGGAUCCAUAGAUCGUUAUAAUCAAAAAUUAUAAUCUAGUCUCAUUAUUUU